GUCCCGAAGAGUCAACUGCUCAACUCAGUCUCCGGCCUGGACUUUGGGCCCGAAAGGAAGGUCUGCGACCCGGGCCCCAUGGAAGAGAUCGAUCGGAUCCCACGGGCCAUUCGCCUCUUUGAGGAGUCAAUGUGGUCAGACAGGAGUGCGCCUACAACAAGAAUCCGACCAAUUGCAGUCUGAACGUGGACAGCAAUUUGGAGCCGCUGUGCUAUUGUGUCUAGGAAGUGUCGGCCGCCAUUCGGCUGACGUGGCAAUGACCAACCGAUCUUGGAACAAGGAGAAAGUGACCGUGGCCAACCCUGAAGAAGCCCGACCGACGGAAUGCGGUUUGAUGGUCAUAUGUGCGGCAGUUCUUAGAGUGCUCACAACAGAGUGUUGCCAUCGCCAAUUCAAAUCAGUUUCCAGCUCGUGGUGUAUUGCAUAUUCAACCGGGCUCUGUACACAUCUUGUAAGAUUCGGACUGUGCACACAUGUGCUUGCGGCAGUCAUUCAAGAUUCGCUAUCGCAUGUCCUUUGUAUGUUGUGUCUGACUCAAGUCUCUGGCUCUGUGCUUGCAAGGUCAGCCUAG